UGCCCCUUGAGUGUUAGGGACCAGGGGCGGACUGACCAAUUGGAAACUCGGGCACUGCCCGAGGGCCCGGGGUCAGUAGGGGGCCCCAUGAGAUGUCCCUGGUACCUUUUUCAUAGGCUUUUUUGAGUUUGGGAAAGGACACAGGGGCCCCAUGAUCCCCUAUUGCCCGGGGGCCCCAUGAGUUGUCAGUCCGCCCCUGUUAGGGACUGAUGUGAAUGUACAAUAUUGCUUAUCAGUGCAGCCCCAUCAUUGCCCAUCAGUGCAGCCUCAUCAGCACA